AUGUCUGGCUUCGAGGUCGCCGGUAUCGUGCUCGGUAGCAUACCUAUCGUCGUGUCUGCACUACAAUGCUACAUGAACGGUCUCGGCACCCUGCAGAAUUUCCGAUCCUACAAACGAAUCCUCAAGAGCCUCAUCUUGACUCUCAAGACCGAGCAUGUCAAUCUUCAGAACAUUUGUGAAAAACUCCUAACAGGAAUUGCGCCACAAACGCGAAUUGAGGAAAUGAUACGAGAUCCGUUCGGAGACCUAUGGAAAAAAGAAGAGAUCUUCAAUAAGCUGCGCCUGAGGCUCUGGUCAUCUUUGCAGGUAUUCGAUGAUCGGGUGCAGGACAUGAGGGAAGCUAUCGAGGAGAUGAUGGAGAAGCUCAAUGUUGGUCCAAGCGGCAAGGCUGAGUGGGCAGAGAGCUCAUCGAUAAAAAAGCAGUUCAAGCGAGCAACAUUCAUCCUUCAAAAGUCAAAUCAUGAGGAGGUCUUGACGAGGAUUCGAGAUGGUGUGUCAGCUCUUCAGCGCCUAGCAGUCCUCAACACGGAUCUAGAAUCACAAAGAAAGUCUCGGUCACAAGGGAGACUCAACAAACUCGUCAACGGAAUGCUGAGUGGCAUAUAUCAUGCACUGCGGUCUACAAUGACUUGCAAAUGCUCUGGCCUACAUGAUGUUGGCUUGAGGCUUACGCCGCCAUCACGGACUGUUGUUCCUGAGGAUGAUGAUGAGGAUAUUAUGAAGGAGCUGCAGUUCCGCCUUGCAGUCUCAUACCUGACGGGAUCACAAGUCAAUACAUCAAAGCAAUGGAAUGAAAUUCUUCUGAAGAGUGGAGAGGAUGUGAAGAGGUCGACGGUUGCUUUCACGGCGCAAAGUACAUCUACUUCGAGGAAGACGGUUGGGUUUUCCGUUCCCUCAACCACCUCUUCGACAAGCAGCCAGCAUUCACAAACAAUUGUCAUCGAAUCAGCCUUAUCAAACCUCACGUUCAACACGCUUAGGACAAUGUCAGAGCCUGUUUGUUCCAAACACAUCAGCAAUCUGUGCGAAGCAAUGCAAACGAUGGGGAAGAGAAAACGGGGCGAGAGAUGUGGGCACAUCCAACAUUGCUACAUGACCCAAAGUCAGAAGUACGAUGUUUAUACUCUCGAAUGUCUAGGCAGUUGUGAUGAAUGGUCUUUGGUACCACUAAAAGAAGUGCUUCGACAUCCGGCGUUGCUCUACGGUGACAAGCUACGCCUGGCUUGGAUGAUUACCUGUGGUGUCUUACAGAUGCAAGGCACGCCUUGGGUUGCAGACAUUCCAAGAAGUGAGGAUAUCUUCAUUGCUCAAAAGGGUGGUGUUCAUCAAUUCCAGCAUGUUUUUGUCCUCAGACACUUCCCCGAGUAUCCUAAAGUCAACGCCUCAGCAUCACCAACCAACCCGUUCAUGCUUUAUCUCGGUAUCCUACUCAUCGAGCUCAUUCUUGGCCAGUCAAUAGCAACUCUGGAUUCACCCCAGACUCAAAAAUUAGAGCCCGGGUUACCAAGACAUAUCCUUGACUACGAAACUGCCAAUAAGCUUUUGGGACGAGUCAUGAUGACUGGUGGCUCUGGAUAUUACAAUGCAGUCGAGCGAUGUCUACGAUUGGAUAUGCAAAUUGCGAAUACUGAGCCCGCUGAGCAGACCUACCGUCAGACAUCACGCCCGCCGCAACGAAACAUGCCUUGCUUCGUCUACAUCAACGGCUACCCCGGCAUCGGGAAGCUCACAAUCGCGAGGGAGCUCCAACGAUUACUCACCGACUCAAAGGUUUACCACAACCACCUCCUCAUCGACCCCGGCGAGGCCCCCGUCGAGCGCUCGUCUCCAGGCUAUCAUGAGAUGCGAACGGGUCUACGACGAUACGUCCUGAACGAAAUCGCGACGUCGGAAUACACGAAGGACAAAACAUGGAUCUUUACGGAUGCACGAGAGGCAAGCGCGGCGGGAGAAAUGGGCGCGAAGGAUUACGAAGCUGCAGCGAGAAAGCGAGGCGUUUCGUUCAUAUCGAUCGUGCUGGAGUGCGAGAUAGAGGAGAACAUAAAGCGGGCGAGCAACCCGGCGCGGAGUCAGAACGUAGACGCGAAGCUCACGGACGAGACAAUAUUGAGGCCGAUUCUGGAGAACGAGACAAUCUAUCGCUUCGGGUACGAGAACGAGUUGGUGCUGGAUGUCACGAAAUUGAGUUCGAAGGAAGCUGCCUUGCGGAUUAAGGAGCAUGUCGAUCGGUUGGCUGCAUGUCCGUCGUGA